CCCCCCCCCCCUUUCAGUGGUGGGAAUUUGCUUUUUUGGAGUGCUCAGGAGUCUUUGCUGAUGCUGAGGGAACUUGCUGCCCAUUUCUUGAAGGAGAUCAAUGCAGAAACAGUGUGGAGCUGCAGGUGAGUCAAAGCAGUAAGAAGGGAGAGAAGACCUGGCUUCAGGAGAAAGAACAACCCACAGUGACCUAAUCCAGAGGAGCAGCUCAGUUAGCCUGUAGCAGGCAGACAAAGAAGACCUUUGUGACACCUAUGAAGCUGCUCUCUCCUUAAUCGAAUCCUUGGCUCCAUCUAGCUCCUUGUUUUCUACACGGAUUGGCAGCUGCUCUCCAGAGUUUCAGACAGGUGUCUUUCCCAGUCCUAUCUGGAGAUGCUACCAAGAGCUGGACCUUGGACCUUUUGCAUGCAAAACAUGUGCUCCCUCUGAUGAACAUAGGAUGCUGCUCUAUACUGAGUCAGACCCUUGGUCCAUGAAGCUCAGUAUUGUCUACACUAACUGGCAGCAGCUGCCCAUGGUUCCAGAAAGGAGUCUUUCCCUGUCCUACCGGGAGCUACCUGGGACUGAAAUGAGGAUAUUCUUCGUGGAAAGAAGAUGCACUUCCACCUAGCUAUGGUCCUCCCUGCCUCCCACCCCCCAAUAAUAUAAGGAGGAGUCACAUGGGAAGCUGCUCGGCAUUGAGCCAUCUAGCUCGGUAUUGCCUACGCUGACCCGGCAAGCAGCACUCCAGGUCUUUCCCAGCCCUACCUGGAGAUGCCAGGGACUGAAUGUAGGACUUUCUGCAUGCAGUGCAGUGCCUGCAACACUGAACAAUAGAUGCUCCUGAUGACCUUGUCAAGCUGCCUGACACUGAGUCAGACCCUUGGUCCAGCUAGCUCAGUUUGUUGACACUGACUGGCAGCAGCUCUCAAGGGAUUUCCCCUUGCCGAGCCUUUUCUUGAAGCUGGUAAGGAAUGAACCCAGGACCUUCUGCAUCUGCAUGCAAAGCAGUGCUUGCAAGCAGCUGCUUCUCCUCUGAACUACAGCCCCAUCCCCAUAAAGCAGUGAAAGGACUGAAUAGCCCGUUGAUGGUGGCAUAACAAGCUUUUCUAGGCAACAGCCUAUUGUAUAGGAAACAGGUGACCAAGUACAGAACAACAAAGAAGAAAACCAUCAGCCAGAAAGGUGUGAGCAAGAGAACUCUGAUAGAUUAGCAUCCAAAAAAAGACAAAGGGAGAUUUUUUCCAUGUCCUGGGUGGGAAGAGAUGCCAGGAAAUCCACAGGGCCGAGAGGAACAUCCCGAGAAGGCGACAGAAGAAGCUCUUCUUCCCAAAGAAGGUGAUAGCAGCUUAAAUGAAAGUACCUUCCAAGAGGAACUUCUUGGGAGUAAGGUAGACAGCACAGGUGCUGACUUUGGAGAGGCCAGUGACGUGCCAGCAGAGGGAAAUCCUUAUCAAUGCUCACAUUGUUGGGAAACAUUUCCCCAGAGACUCCACUUGGUCGCACAUGAGAAAACCCACAUUGGAGAUAAACCAUACAAAUGCGCAGAUUGUGGGAAAAGCUUUAGCAAUAGUUAUGAGUUUCUUGAUCAUAUAAGGGUGCAUACAGCAGAGAAACCAUAUACAUGUUCUGACUGUGGCCAAAGCUUCCAUUUGAAAUCCAACCUUACUGCCCAUAAGAGAAUCCACACAGCAGAGAACCCCUAUGGAUGCUCCGAAUGCGGGCAGAGCUUCAGUAAGAAGUCUCACCUGGUGACGCACGAGAGGACCCACACUGGAGAGAAACCAUAUCAGUGCACCGACUGUGGGAAGAGCUUUAGCCAGAAAGGAAACCUUGUUUCUCACAUGCGGAUUCACACUGGGGAGAAGCCCUACAAAUGCUCCCAGUGCGGCAAAAGCUUUUCUCACUGCACUUCCCUGAUGAUGCACGUGAGAACCCACACGGGAGAAAAGCCAUACAGGUGCUCAGUCUGUAGCAAAAGUUUUGUAAAUAAGGGAAACCUGGUCUCACAUGUGAGAACCCACACAGGAGAAAAACCGUACGAAUGUACCGAUUGUGGGAAGAGCUUUAGCACCAGCUUUCAGUUUAUAGAACAUAAGCGCUUACACACAGGGGAGAAACCAUAUACAUGCUCCGACUGUGGCCAAAGCUUCAAUUCGAAAUCCAACCUUAUUACACAUAAGAGAACCCACACCGGGGAGAAACCCUACCAGUGCAGCGUCUGUGGGAAAGGCUUCCGGGUUAAAUCGUCCCUAACUAAACACAUGAGAACCCACACAGGAGAAAAACCUUACAAAUGUUCUGAGUGUGGGAAAAGCUUCAAUACUAGCUCUCUGCUCGUCAAUCAUAAGAGGGUUCAUACUGGAGAGAAACCAUACAAAUGCUCAGGCUGUGGGAAAAGCUUCCGCCAGAAAGGGAACCUCGUUUCUCACAUGAGAAUCCACACCGGGGAGAAACCAUAUCAGUGCUCCGUGUGCGACAAAAGCUUCAUUGAUAAAAAGUCCCUUGUUAAACACAACAGAACGCACACAGGGGAGAAAGCCUUUGAAUGCUUGGAUGCAGGACAAAGUUUCAGAUACAGCCCAAUGCUUACGUAGUGCAUCAGAAUGUGCACAGGAAAUCUUUGGGGUGUGAGAAAAGAUGCCAUCCUUGCACUAAAUUCUUUGUAUGCAUCAGAAGAUUCACACAGAGAUGCAAAUUGUAGAUAGUUGGAUUUUAGGCAAGAAUGAGAAGCCUAUUCUACUUCUUGAGAUUGGAAAAACUUGGAUUAGCUUUGAUGGUUGAGGAAUGCAUAGUGCUUAUGUCUAGAAAGAUCCACACCAUAGUCAGAGUGCUCAUUCCCACAACUGAAAACUGUGUUCUAUUCAGGGUUGGGAGUUGUGUGUGCUCCCAGUUUUUGGUUGUGUGAAAGCAAGGUAGGAGGAAAACCUGGGUAGAAGUGAUUGUGUGGAAGCAAAGUAGGAGGAAAAGCUACCUAGGUUUUCCUCUGCCUUGCUUCCACACAAUCACUUCUGCCCAGGUUUUCCUCUUACCUUGCUUCCACACAUCCAAAUAUUUGAGCACACACAGCUCCCAAACCCGGAUAGAACACAAUUUUUGAUUGUGGAAAUGACCUCAGAGUCUUGAAAUAGCUUGUCUUUGGACCAGAUGUUCCAUGCCAGCUUCUAGCACACUAGUGGUCAGAAAACUUGAUGAGGCCCAAACUAGAUUUUACACAAAAGGUGCACCCAGUGUCAAAACAGCGGCUAUACACUCCUCUGUCUAUUAGGACUUGCCCAUCUUCUGAAGGGCCACCUUUCUACAGGUGGCAUCACACAUUAUGCGGCAAGUAUGGUUGCCAUGAACCACCGGUUCUUGAAGCAUGCACGGGAGCCCGACUUCCAGUGUCGGGAGGACUAUGCCAGUAUUGGGUAUGUCAUUUGAACCCUCCAAUGGCUGUAUAUUCUACCCUAGUUACUAUUCUGAACUCAUCAUCUGUAACCUACAUAUGAAGUCGGAUACCAAUGUUGGGUUCAGGACUGUAAGUAGGGUAGAAUAUGCAAACACUGGCAGGUUUGGAUGACAUGUCCAGUGUUGACAUAGUCCUUCCAAAACCAAAGGUUGGGCUCCCGCACGUGCUCCAGGAGCCAGUGGUUGGUGACAGCCAUACCUGCCACGUUACAGUGACACCACUCAUUGUAUCCUCACAACCCCUCUCCACAUUGGGGGCUGCCCAUGAUGAGAAUCAGAGAAAAGCCAGAAUAUGAUGAUGACACCACACAAAGCAUGUCCCAUUGCAUGUAAGAGGAGAGGAGACAGGAGCUAGCUGUUUCACUGCUGUUUCCAGCAUCGUUCAAGAUGAUGUCUCAUUUUUCACCCAAAAGUUGCUUUAGUUCAUUCAUCCUUUUCUUCUUUUAAACACCGUGUUGGAAACCUCGGGUGAGUCACAGGCAUGAGCGGUUCUGAAAUGUAAUGACAGGCAUUUGAAAUGUUUCUUCAGCAGCUUUUGCACAUGGUUGGUACCCAAGAUUGGGAUGGCAUUUCUUCAACAGAACAUUGCUCAUACUUAAGAAUAUGAAAUAUUUUUCUACCUUUUUUGCUCACUCUUGAUUUUCAAAAAUAACUUUAGAACCCACUGCAUUACAAUGGAGUGGAAUAUUUGACUGUAGCAUGUCCCCCCCCCCAAAAAAACAAACCCAAACGUUCGACAUACCUUGCUUUUAACAUACUUAUCAUUCCCAAGUGAGUGGGGCUGGCUAGAAAUUUAAAAUGUAUUGGUACAUAGAAUUUAAAUGUAAUGUCUACAUAUGGAUUAAACUGUAGAUUUGAUGUUAAAA